AUGGUGCAACUACUGCACACUAAUGGGCAGUUCACUGAUCUGCCGCAUGAGGAUCCAACAAUUCACAUUCAGAAAUUCCCCGAGAUCAAUGAUACAUACACUCCAGCUGAAGUGAAUGUGGAUUAUGUGAGGCUCACUUUAUUCCCUUUUUUUCUGCUUGGGGAAACAAAAAGAUGGUUGAACUCAGAGCUCGCAAACUCAUUUACCACUUGGAAUGAUCUAGCACAAAAGUUCCUCAUCCAAUUUUUUCCAUCUGGAAAAACAGCUAAGUUGAGCAGUGACAUUUUGAGCUUUAGGCAGAAAGUGGGAGAAAACUUGUACCAAGCUUGGGACAGGUUUAAAUCGAUGUUGAUGAGCUGCCCUCAUCAUCACCAAUCUAAUGAGGUGUUGGUCCAUACCUUCAUUGAAGGAUUGGAGCCUAACACCAAGAUUCUACUUGAUUCAACUGCAGGUGGACAUGCUUUGGUGAAGACAUAUGCUGAACUAUUCACCUUGUUGAACAGGAUCUCUCAGGGAAACCCUAAAUGGAAUGGAGGAGGAAUGAAACCUGUGAUUCAAAAAACGGCGGGUAUGUUAGAGGUAGAUAUUGUGAUUGCCUUGACUGCACAGAUUGCUGCUAUGCAGAAUAUGAUGAACACUCACUUCAGCAAUUUAGCAUUGGGACAACAGCCCGCACAGGUAAAUGCAAUUCAACAACCACUAUCUUGGUGUGAGAUCUGCGGAGGUGGUGAUCAUAGUGCAGAGGUAUGUGGUGCAAACCCAGACUCUAUGAAUUUUGUAGGUAAUGCCCAACGAGGAGGAGGCCAAAAAAAUUAUGGGAACUCAUAUAACCCAAGUUGGCGCAACCACCCGAACUUUUCUUGGGGUGGAAAUCAAAAUCAGGGUCAAGGCCAGAAUCAGUAUAGACCCCAAGGAAAUACACAGGGGUACCAACAACAAGCCCAACGGGAGCAACCUAAACAACAAUCUGGAAACAUGAGCAUGGAGAAGAUGCUGAAAAAGAUUAUGGCUGAUCAAGCCCAAUUAGUUGCUGAUCUGGCUAGUGCCCAGAACUCACGACCACAAGGAGCUUUGCCGGGUAACACUGACCCAAAUCCCAAGCAAGUAAAUGCAGUAGGUACUCGCAUUGGUUUACAAUUGGAGGAGCUAGCUCCUAAGAAAAUAAACAAUGAUGCUGUGAAUAAAGAGAGUGAACCCAAGGAGGGCGAAGUUGUUGCACAAGAAGAAAGAGGUAGACCCAGGUAUGCGAAAUACGUGAAGGAGAUUGUGGUGAAUAAGAGGAGGCUGACAGAAUAUGAGACUGUUGCACUUACUGAAAAGUGCAGCUCCAGAAUCCAAAAUAAGUUGCCCACUAAAUUGAAAGAGCCAGGUAGCUUUACGUUGGGGUUGGGUAGUCCCAAACCUACUACCAUUAUCUUACAGUUGGUUGAUAGAUUUGUAGCUAGGCCUGAGGGUGUUGUAGAGGAUGUACCUUUCUUGGCUACUGGGAGGGCGAUGCUAGAUGUAGGAGCUGGGAAACUCACUAUGCGGGCCCAUGAUAAGGUGGAGGUUUUCGAUGUGUAUAAAGCUUUAAAACUGCCAGGUGUGUAUGAAGAGUUGUCUGCCAUAACUGUGAUAGAUCUUGAGGCAGAAGCUCGCUACAUUGCAUCUAAGGAUCCUCUAGAGCGAGUGUUAGUAGGGGAUGAUAUUUAUAGGGAUGCUGAGGCACAUGAAAUUGUGCAAUUUCUACAUGUGGCAUUUGUAGGUACAUCUGGAGAUCGAUGUGAGCCUGUAAAUAGGGUGUUGGGUCCUCCACCCAAGCCCUCCAUUGAAGAAGCACCCAAGCUGGAGUUAAAAGCAUUGCCAGCCCACCUCAGGUAUGCAUUUUGGGUGGAAGCCUCAUUAAUCAUCUUGAAAAAGAGGAAAGUAGCUUUAGGGUGGCAAAUGUCUGACAUCCAUGGUAUUAGUCCCGCGAUGUGCAUGCAUAAAAUAUACAUGGAGGAAGGGCAUAAGGCGAGUGCACAACAUCAGCGGAGAGUAAACCCAUUGAUGAAGGAUGUGGUGAGAAAAGAGGUAAUCAAGUGGCUGGAUGCAGGGUUUGUGUACCCAAUAUUGGACAGCAAAUGGGGUAUAAUUAGAUCAUCAUUGCACCAGAAGAUCAGGAGAAGACUACAUUCACUUGCCCAACUUCUCGGUGUUUGGUGA